AUGACUACAAAUGGUGAGCCACUAGAUUUGACAACGAGUGUAAACUCGCUAUACAUGCUACUAUGCACUUCACUCUUACCGCUCGUCGUCAUUGGCGUUGCGUUAUUCUACUCCGGGUUAACGCAGAGACGCUCGGCACUCACCAUGUUCGCCGUGCCCAUCCUCACUUCGCCCAUGAUCAUCAUUGACUGGUUCAUCUGGGGCUAUUCGCUUUGCUUUUCCGAAGCUUCGAAUGAGUUCAUUGGCAAUCUCAACUAUGUCGUCUUGAGACAGAUCCAAGGUUCCUUCCUGCAAGAAUUCACCAAUACCAGAGGCAGCGUGUUGAUUAUCAACCAUUUCCUUUUCAACAUGCUCUUUAAGGUCAUAUGCUGUGCCUUGACUUUUCCCGGAUGCAUAGCUGAGCGCGGCAGGAUCAUGCCCAUGCUCUUGUUUGUCUUUGUUUGGUCGGUGAUCAUUUAUAACCCGGUGACGUAUUGGUUCUGGAGCGAGAAUGGAUGGCUUGCAAGGAUGCAUGUGUUGGAUUUCGCUGGUGGCAACUGUAUACAUAUCGUGUCGGGAUUCACGUGUCUCGCGUACUCGUACAUCUUGGGUCCUCGAAACCCCAAGCUUUUGAGUGAGUAUCGACAUUCAAAUACGGGGUAUAUCAUAGUGGGCACCUUUUUGGUGUUUUUCGGUUGGAUCGGGUUCAUGGCGGGCUGUGAUUUCCGGUUCUCGUACAAUUCGGUGUUUAUUAUGUUCAGCACCGUGUUGGCGGCGUGCUCGGGUGCCAUUGUUUGGACCGCGAUUGAUUAUAUGGUGUCUUCUGUGCCCUUGGGUGAUGGUGCUUUGUCUGAGUUGGAUUUGCCUAGCUCGCAGCUGGAUUCAGGCAAAGAAGGCGAUGUGGAAAAGACAGAGACAGAAACAAAAGCAAACACAACUGCUAAAACUGAAGCUGAAGCUUUGUUGAUUUAUGGAAAGCGGAAAUUUUCAAUGGUUUCGUUUUCGUCUGGGGUCAUGGCCGGUUUAGUUGCUUUCACACCGGGAGGAGGCUAUAUCACGUCCAAUAGCGAGUUCUGGAAACCAAUCGUGUUUGGAGUUGUCGGUGCCGCCGCUUGUAAUCUUGCCACGAGGCUCAAGUAUUACUUCCGCAUCGAUGAUGCAUUGGACAUUUUCGCCAUGCAUGGCGUCACAGGUAUCGUUGGGUCUUUGCUCACGGGGCUUUUUGCUAAUCAAUUAUACGACUCUCAAGGGGGAUGGAUCGUGAGGCAUUGGAAGCAAUUUGGGUAUCAGCUUUUGGGCGUGGUUGUCACCAGCGCCUAUGUAUUUGUGCUUUCGUGUGUGUUCUUGUACCUCAUCGACAUCAUCCCCGGUUUGCAUUUAAGGAUCGACAAAAACUACAACAGGAGGAACCGGGAAAAGAAGCAGCGGAUGCUAGUGAGGGACGAUGAAGUGGGAUUGCUGAUUUCUCCGAAACAACAACAACAACAACAACAACAACAACAGCAAAACCAACACUAUUUGGUAGAGUCCGAGGAGGUUGAUGUUUGGGAACAAAUGGAAUUGAACGGCUCGGAUGCUUAUGAGUUUACCGAUGAGUACAUGAUGGAUUUUAUUGAAUUUAUUAAAGUGUUGCGUCCGCUGGAUUACGAGGAAGAGGCUGAAGUCGAGGAUUUCCUACUGCCGAAGCCCAAUUACACAAGCGGCGUUCAUAGUGGAUAUCAACUUCAUUCAGGUCAUGACAGCAUCCUCCAGCGACGAGAAUAA